AUGGCGCAUCCAAGAGCCCAUCUCCUCCCCAUACGAACACUCUUUUCAAGACCACCACGUUGCAACCGAGUCUUUCUACACAAUACCCCGAGACCAUGCAUAUUACAAGUUCGGCUCCAGAGCACCAUUCCCGAGCCGACGGUUCCAGCCCAGCCCAGCACCGGUGCCGUAACUGACGAGGUAUCACCCGACCUGUCGCAUCUGGACCCCCCUCCAGAGGAAUAUUCGCGUUUCAUUUUCCAAGACAAAUGUCGGGUUAAAAUGCACGCUGGUGCUGGCGGACACGGCUGCGUUUCUUACCUGCGCGAGAAAUACGUCGAAGAGGGACCCCCGAACGGCGGCGACGGCGGCAGCGGAGGUGGUAUCUACAUUCAAACUGUCGAGGGCUUGAACAGUCUUCACAAGCUUGCCCGCAGAGGCAUUAUCAGAGCGAGCAGAGGCAGGAACGGACAGGGUAAAAGCAAGGGCGGCAAACGAGGCGAUGAUGUCCUCAUUCAGGUCCCCGUUGGCACCGUGGUCCGAGGCAUGGGCUCGCAUCAGGGAGGCGGAAGAGGCGGCUUAUAUCGCCAAGAACGAGAAGAAGGUUUUGGAAACCCUGAUGAACUCGACCCGGAAGGCGAGGGCGAAGGCGAAGGAUUUGAAGGAUUCGAAGAAGUAGAAGACGAGUUCAACCCCAUUCAGCACGACCGCUGGGUGCUACACCCAUCUUCGAAACCAUCUGAUUUCCUGAUGGUGCAGUUUCCAAAAGCAUACCCGCGACGACAGAAUAUAGCUGCCAUGGAGCCCAAGGCACCGAUCUGGCUGGACCUCUCUAAGCCGAUGGACAAGCCCAUGCUUCUGGCUGCUGGUGGUGCCGGUGGACUGGGAAAUCCGCAUUUUUCCACUCGCAACAUGGGACGACCAAAGUUUGCAUCCAAAGGUGAAGGCGGCAUGAUGCUGGAGCUUGAUUUCGAGCUCAAGCUCCUUGCGGACGUUGGGCUAGUUGGAAAACCAAACGCCGGCAAGAGCACGCUUCUCCGCUCGUUGACCAACAGUCGGACCCGCAUUGGAAAUUGGGAGUUCACCACGCUUUCCCCCAGCAUUGGCACUGUUAUCACCGAUGAUAUGAAGGGCCGUCCGCUUGUCGAGUCGAAGGCUCGCCGCACGCACUUUACUAUUGCAGACAUUCCGGGUCUAGUCGAAGGUGCUCAUCUCGACCGAGGACUUGGUCUUGGGUUCCUUCGCCACAUCGACCGAGCUGGAAUCUUGGCUUUCGUGGUUGAUAUCAGUCAUGACGACCCUGUACAGGAGCUUCAGAAAUUAUGGCUGGAACUUGGGGAGUACGAGCGAAUGCGCGAUUCACCUGACCCUGUGGAGGAGGAGAUCGUUGAUUGGAAUCCAUUCGACGAAACUUCGAAGGGCAUGCGACAAGAGGAUCGGUUUGCCCCUAUCACGAAUACGAAUCCCGAUGGUUCACUGCCUCCUCUAGCGAUGACACCUCUCCACCUGAAGCCCUGGUUCGUCGUGGCCUCCAAGGCAGACCUGGAGAACACACAAGAGAAAUUCCGAGCCCUGCAGGAUUACCUGACUGGCGUUCAGAAUGGCUCGAUUGAGCAUCCAUCUGGGCAUGCAAAGGGCUGGAAGGAGAAGGUGUGUGUCGUCCCAGUCAGUGCCAAACGGGGUGAAGGUGUGUCUCGAAUCCCUAAACUGGUCAUGGAGCUCCUCGAAUGA